GCGUUUAAGGCGCCGGCCGGCGGCGCCCCGCUCACUCGCGCUCAGGCCGCCACCACCACGUCCCGCCAUGGAGCGGCCACCGCUACGCGCCCUGCUCCUCAGCGCCGCGGGGCUGCUGCUCCUGCUCCUACCCCUCUCCUCUUCCAACUCUUCGGACACCUGCGGCCCCUGCGAGCCGGCCACCUGCCCGCCCCUGCCCCCGCGGGGCUGCCCGCUGGGUGAGACCCGCGACGCGUGCGGCUGCUGCCCGGUGUGCGCCCGCGGCGAGGGCGAGCCGUGCGGGGGCGGCGGUGCCGGCAGGGGGCACUGCGCGCCGGGCAUGGAGUGCGUGAAGAGCCGCAAGAGGCGGAAGGGUAAAGCCGGGGCAGCAGCCGGCGGCCCGGUGGUGAGCGGAGUGUGCGUGUGCAAGAGCCGCUACCCGGUGUGCGGCAGCGAUGGCAUCACCUACCCCAGCGGGUGCCAGCUGCGCGCCGCCAGCCUGAAGGCCGAGAGCCGCGGGGAGAAGACCAUCACCCAGGUCAGCAAGGGCACCUGCGAGCAAGGUCCUUCCAUUGUGACGCCCCCCAAGGAUAUCUGGAAUGUAACUGGCGCCCAGGUGUACCUGAGCUGCGAGGUCAUCGGAAUCCCAACCCCUGUCCUCAUCUGGAACAAGGUAAAAAGGGGUCACUAUGGAGUUCAAAGGACAGAACUCUUGCCUGGUGACCGGGACAACCUGGCCAUUCAGACCCGGGGAGGCCCAGAAAAGCAUGAAGUAACUGGCUGGGUGUUGGUAUCUCCUCUCAGUAAGGAAGAUGCUGGAGAAUACGAGUGCCAUGCAUCCAAUUCCCAAGGACAGGCUUCUGCCUCGGCAAAAAUUACAGUGGUUGAUGCCUUACACGAAAUGCCAGUGAAUAAAGGUGAAGGUGCCGAGCUAUAAACCUGCAGAAUAUAUCAGUCUGCAUGGCUAAAAAUAACCAUAAAUAACUACAACCCCUGUUCUUGUCUAGUAACCAGUUUCUUUUCAUCCAGUCCACUAAUACUUCAGUUAUAAUUCACUGGUUUUACAUAGUGAAAUACAAAAUAAAGAUAACACAUCAAAACUGUCUACAAAAGUUUAUUAUCUAUUUACAGAAGAAAAGCAUGCAUAUCAUGAAACAAAACAAAUAAAAUGCUUUUUCUCA